AUGACAGAAAUAGCAAAUCUUCUACAGGUUCCAUUAAAACAAGGGACAAACAAAAAGGGUGCAUAUAAUAGAACUAUGAAAGUUCCUGAUGGAAUGAAAGAAUUAGUUCAUAUUGUUGCUGGUCUUCAAAAAGAUGUUAAACAAAUGAGAAACGUUUUAACAUUACCAGAAGCUCAAGCAUAUGCCAAACGUCAAGGUCCAAAUUGGGAAGCACACGAAGCAGACAUUACGGGUCCAAAUGGAAAACCUGAUGGUAUAAAUGAAGUUUUCGUUACUGAUGGUCAAGGUAAUAUUAAAGUCAUAAAUGGUUAUAAAUUAACUAUAACUGAUUAUCCUAAACGUAAAGCAUAUAAUGAACGUUAUCCUAUGCAAUUUGAUGAAAAUGGAAAAGCUGUUAAACAAUACAUUGGAGAAGGUGAAAAUGGUCCAAUUAAUUCAUACCGUUAUAAUCCAUAUUCUUAUUUCAAUGAAGAAUUAAAUGCUAUUGAAGAGGGACCGGAUGGAUUACCACAAUAUUCUA